AUGGAAGAUGGAGAGCUAGGCCACAAGGCAGGUCUCCCAGGAGUCACGUGGCUGGAACUUCUACUGGUCUCAGUGCUGGGCCUUGUCAUCUACUGGUGUGUCUCCCGGGACAAGGAGGAAACGCUGCCACUUGCAGAUGGGUGGUGGGGCCCAGGGUCAAAGCCCUCAGCCAGAGCAGACGGGAGCAUCCGGCCUUCCAAGGUGGAGAGAACAGACGCCCUGAUACACGACUUACACCAGAGGAUCGACGGGUUCCGGGCCUCCCCGCCUUUGGAGGGCAGCCGCUUCCACUACGGCUUCAAUGCCAACUACCUGAAGAGAGUGGUGUCCUACUGGAGGAACGAGUUUGACUGGAGGAAGCAGGUGGAGAUCCUCAACCAGUACCCUCACUUCAAGACCAAGAUUGAAGGGCAGAAAGCUCCGGGGAAAUCUGUUUGUAACCCUGAGAAAUGUCACAUUCUUCCGCGACAACUGAGAUUCAUCAGCAACUCGCUGGACUCCCAACUCCUGAGAGUGAAGUUCUCCCUGGACGACCUGCUGACUAACAUCAUGAUCUACUGGACGACAGGAACCAUUGUCUCCUCCCAGUGCUUCUGCAAGGAGAACAUGGGCCAGGUGUCGUGGUCCACAGGCACGAGGGAUAAAGGUUUUGUACCCACUGGCUAUUCCGCCUUUCCUUGUGAGAUACUGCAGCCCAGAAAAGUGGGUAAAGGCCAAGUACCCAAACUCAUCUGCUAUUCCUACGUGGAGUGUGGAGCCCACUUUGCUGCCUUUGAAGAGCCCAAGCUUCUGGCUCAGGACUUCUGCAAGUUCCCUGUCCCUGGCAGAGAGGCAGGAAUGUCCUCAGGGAUCAACCACAGCCUCAGCAGCAUCCCUGACUCCUCCCCAGUCUCCCCUGUGGGCAAGCAACCCCCUGCUGCCAAGACCCAAGGCAAGUUUAACCAUGAUUUUACUCUUCUAGUGCCUUCCUGCCCCCUGACUCCUAGCACUUAA